UAUUCCAAAUGACGAAUAUCUUUUAAAUGAUUUUGGGUGCGCAUUACAAAAGGAAAUUCUACUACAAGGAAGAAUUUAUGUCUCAGUAAAUCAUAUUUGUUUUCAUGCAAAUAUCUUGGGUUGGGUUACUGAUGUUGUGAUGCCGUUUUCUGAAAUAACAAGAAUUGAAAAAAAGACAACAGCUAUUGUAAUUCCAAAUGCAAUUCAAAUAACUACUGUCAAAUCAAAG